GUCGCCAGGUGUUCCUCUGCAUACCGAGACAACUUUAGAAUAGGUUACUUUCCGAUUGUGACAUCCACUGGAGAAAGAUCAUCUCAGCGAACGACCCCCCAAUCACUGACGACAAACGCCUUCCCAAGAUGGCUGCCGACUCCGCCUCAAACGACAGCAAGUUCCUGCGGCAGGACCAGGACUUCCGGGACAGUGGCAUGGCGCAGGCUGAUUGGUCGGCCAAGAAGAUGGUUUGGAUCCCCUCAGAGAAGGAAGGCUUCGAGGCCGCCAGCAUUAAGGAGGAGAAGGGAAAUGAGGUACUGGUGGAGCUGGCUAACGGCAGGAAGGCGACUGUCAACAAAGAUGACAUCCAGAAGAUGAACCCUCCUAAAUUCAGUAAGGUAGAAGAUAUGGCCGCUCUCACCUUCCUGAACGAGGCCUCAGUUCUCCACAACCUAAGGGAGAGGUACUUUUCCAGCCUCAUUUACACUUAUUCGGGUCUGUUUUGUGUGGUGGUGAACCCGUACAAGAUGCUCCCUAUCUAUUCUGAGAAGAUCAUUGAGAUGUACAAGGGCAAGAAACGCCACGAGGUCCCCCCCCACAUCUACUCUAUCACAGACAAUGCCUACAGGAACAUGAUGCAAGACCGUGAAGACCAGUCCAUUCUCUGCACAGGUGAGUCUGGAGCGGGGAAGACAGAGAACACUAAGAAGGUGAUCCAGUACCUGGCAGUGGUGGCCUCCUCUCACAAGGGCAGUAAGAAGGACACUGGCACUGAGAAACCAGAGAAACCUGGGUCUCUGGCGUAUGGGGAGCUAGAGAAGCAGCUGCUGCAGGCUAACCCCAUCCUGGAGGCCUUUGGAAAUGCCAAGACCAUCAAGAAUGACAACUCUUCACGCUUUGGCAAGUUCAUCAAGCUUAACUUCGACGUGACAGGAUACAUUGUUGGAGCCAACAUUGAUACAUAUCUGCUGGAGAAGUCUCGCUGUAUCCGCCAGGCAAAGAUAGAGAGAGCCUUCCAUAUAUUUUACUACAUGGUGGCCGGCGCUAAGGACAAGCUCAGAGAGGAGUUGCUCCUGGAAGAUUUUGGGGCCUACCGGUUCCUGGUGGCAGGUCAUGUCGAGGUGCCGGGGCAGGAAGACGAUGAGAUGUUCAUUGAAACACUGGAGGCCAUGGAGAUCAUGGGCUUCUCAGAGGAUGAGAGGAUGGGCAUGAUGAAGGUUGUCUCCACUGUCCUCCAGCUAGGGAACAUCACUUUCAAUAAAGAGAGAAACAAUGAGCAGGCAACCAUGCCGGACAACACAGCGGCUCAAAAGGUGUGCCACCUGCAGGGUAUCAAUGUGACUGACUUCACCCGUGCCAUCCUGACCCCCCGCAUCAAGGUGGGCAGGGAGGUGGUGCAGAAGGCUCAAACUAAGGAACAGGCUGACUUUGCCGUUGAGGCCUUGGCCAAGGCCAUGUAUGAGCGCUUGUUCAGGUGGAUUCUUGCCAGGGUCAAUAAGACUCUGGAUAAAGCUAAGCGCAAAGGGGCGUCUUUCCUGGGCAUCCUAGACAUAGCUGGAUUCGAGAUUUUUGAGGACAACUCGUUCGAACAGUUGUGCAUCAACUACACCAACGAGCGCCUCCAGCAGCUGUUCAACCACACCAUGUUCAUCCUGGAACAGGAGGAGUACAAGAGGGAGGGCAUCGACUGGGCCUUCAUCGACUUCGGCCUGGACCUGCAGCCCUGCAUCGAGCUCAUCGAGAGGCCGAACAACCCGCCGGGUAUUCUGGCUCUGUUGGAUGAGGAGUGCUGGUUCCCGAAAGCCACAGACUUGUCCUUCGUAGAGAAACUGAUGAACACCCACGCGUCCCAUUGCAAGUUCUCCAAACCCAAGUCCUUGAAGGACAAGACUGCCUUCUCCAUUCUGCACUACGCCGGCAGGGUAGACUACAAUGGAGCUAGCUGGCUGACUAAGAACAUGGACCCUCUAAAUGACAAUGUUACAGCUCUCCUCAACAACUCCUCCAAUCCCUUCAUCCAAGACCUAUGGAAGGAUGUGGAUCGUGUUGUGGGGUUGGAGACCAUCACUAAGAUGUCGGAGAGCUCUGCACCCGCUGCCACUAAGUCUAAGAAGGGCAUGUUCAGGACAGUGGGACAGCUCUACAAGGAGUCCCUGGGCAAACUGAUGACCACACUCAACAACACACAGCCCAACUUCAUCCGCUGCAUCAUCCCAAACCACGAGAAAAGAGCAGGGAAACUGGAUGCUAACCUAGUUCUAGAACAGCUGAGGUGUAACGGGGUUCUGGAAGGGAUCCGGAUCUGCAGACAGGGCUUCCCCAACCGCAUCGUGUUCCAAGAGUUUCGACAACGCUAUGAGAUCCUGGCAGCCAAUGCAAUUCCUAAGGGUUUUAUGGACGGAAAACAAGCCUGUCAACUCAUGAUGAAGCAUCUCGAUCUGGAUCCCAACCUGUUUCGUAUCGGUCAGAGCAAGAUGUUCUUCAGGACAGGGGUGUUGGCCCAACUGGAGGAGGAGAGAGACAUUAAACUGACCGUGGUCAUCAUCGCAUUCCAGGCCCAUGCUAGGAGCUUCCUCGCACGCAAGGCGUUCAGUAAGCGCCAGGCCCAGCUAACCGCUAUGAAGGUGAUUCAGAGGAACUGUGCUGUCUACCUGGUCCUGAAGAACUGGCAAUGGUGGAGACUUUUCACCAAGGUGAAGCCACUCCUCCAAGUGACACGACAGGAAGAGGAAAUGGGUCAGAAGGAGGAGGAGCUAAAGGAAGCCAAAGAUCUGGCUCAGAAGAGCCAGGCGGAACUAAAAGAGAUCUCUCAGAAACACACACAGUUGAUGGAAGAGCGAGCUAAACUUGAGCAGAAACUUCAGGCGGAGACAGAGAUGUACGCUGAGGCAGAGGAGAUGAGGGUUCGCCUGGAGGCCAAGAAGCAGGAGCUGGAGGAGGUGCUCCAUGAGAUGGAGGCACGCCUGGAAGAAGAGGAGGAGCGGGCUACUCAGCUGCAGCAGGAGAGGAAGGACAUGCAGCAGCAACUACAGGACAUGGAGGCCCACCUAGCUGAGGAAGAGGAUGCCCGUCAGAAACUUCAGCUGGAGAAGGUGACUGUUGAAGGGAAGAUGAAGAAACUGGAGGAGGAUGUUCUCAUUAUGGAGGACCAGAAUAACAAACUGCUCAAGGAGCGUAAGCUGUUGGAGGAGAGAAUAUCUGACUUCAGUUGUAACCUGGCUGAAGAGGAGGAGAAGUCUAAAAACCUGACAAAGCUGAAGAACAAACAUGAGUCCAUGAUCUCCGACCUAGAGGUGCGCAUGAAGAAGGAGGAGAAAGGCAGGCAGGAGGUAGAGAAGGCCAAGAGGAAGCUGGAGGCGGAGCUGGCAGACCUCCAGGACCAGCUGGCAGAAUUGCAGGCCCAGAUAGCCGAGCUCCGAGCCCAGCUCACUGCCAAGGAGGAGGAGCUACAGGCCACUCAGGCCAGGUUGGAGGAGGAGUCAGCAGGUCGAGCUGCAGCGGUGCGUCACGUCAGGGAGCUGGAGGGGCUGUUAGGGGAGCUCCAGGAGGACCUCGAGGCAGAGAGGUCAGCCAGGGGGAAGGUGGAGGCGGCGCGCAGAGACCUGGGGGAGGAGCUGAACGCUCUGAGGUCUGAGCUGGAAGACACCCUGGAUACCACCGCAGCACAGCAGGAGCUACGGGCAAAACGUGAGCAGGAGGUGGCCAUUUUAAAGAAGAUGAUGGAAGAGGAGGGGCGUGGCCAUGAGGCUCAGGUUCAGGAGAUGAGACAGAAACACACGCAAGCUGUUGAGGAGCUGACAGAGCAACUGGAGCAGGCCAAGAGGGUCAGAUCUAGUCUGGAGAAAGCUAAGCAGGCAUUGGAGAAGGAGUCAUCUGACCUAAGCGCAGACCUCCACUCAAUGGCUAACGCCAAACAGGAAGUGGAGCACAGGAGAAAGAAAGUCGAAGGGCAGCUGUCUGAGCUGCAGUCGCGCUACAGUGACAGUGAGAGGCAGAGGGGAGAGCUGGGAGAACGAGUCUCCAAGAUGACUUCUGAGUUGGACAGUGUGACCGCUCUGUUGAACGAGGUGGAGGGGAAGAACAUAAAGCUGAGUAAAGACGUGGCCAGUCUAGGGUCACAGCUCCAGGACGCUCAGGAAUUGUUGUCAGAGGAGACUCGUCAGAAGCUCAGCCUGUCAGGUCGUCUUCGUCAGACAGAGGAUGACAGGAACAACCUUCUAGAACAGCUGGAGGAAGAGACGGAGGCCAAGAGAGGAGUGGAGAGACAGGUCUCCAGUCUCAACAUGCAGCUGUCUGACUAUAAGAAACGUCUGGAGGAGGUACAGGGGACAGUGGAACUCCUGGAGGAGGGCAAGAAACGCCUGCAGAGGGACCUGGAGGGCGCUAUCUCAGAUUGUGAGGAGAAGGCGAGUGCCUAUGAUAAGCUAGAGAAGAGCCGGUUAAGACUUCAGCAGGAGCUUGAGGAUGUCCUGAUGGACCUGGACAACCAGAGAACCUUGGUCUCCAACUUGGAGAAGAAACAGAGGAAGUUUGACCAGAUGCUUGCCGAGGAGCGUUCUAUCUCCAGUAAGUAUGCAGAGGAGCGAGACCGUGCAGAGGCAGAGGCGAGAGAAAAGGAGACACGGGCCCUGUCCCUGGGGAGGGCCUUGGAGGAAGCGCAGGCCUCCCUGGAGGAGCAGGAGAGGAGCAACAAGGCCCUCAGGGCAGAGAUGGAGGACCUGGUCAGUUCUAAGGAUGACGUCGGGAAGAAUGUCCAUGAGUUGGAGAAGGCUAAGCGUGGCCUGGAAGCCGCACUGGAUGAGAUGCGUCUCCAGAUGGAUGAGCUGGAGGAUGAGCUACAGGCUGCGGAGGACGCAAAGCUGCGUUUGGAGGUCAACACCCAGGCCCUGAAGACUCAACACGACAGAGACCUGCAGGGGCGCGAAGAACAGGGGGAGGAGAGGAGGAAACAACUGCUGAAACAGGUGCGUGAGCUGGAGAGCGAACUGGAGGAGGAGCGGAGGCAGCGGGCGAUGGCGACGGCGGGGAGGAAGAAGCUCGAAGGAGAGGUGAAGGACCUGGAGGACCAUUUGGAGGCCACCAGUAGGGGGCGUGACGAGGCCGUCAAACAGCUGAAGAAAAUACAGGCUCAGAUGAAGGAGUUCCAGAGGGAGGUGGAGGACUCCCGUGCUGCCCAAAAGGAGGUACUCUCCUCGGCCAGGGAGUCAGACAGGAGAGCCAAGACCUUGGAGGCUGACAUCAUGCAGUUACAGGAGGAGUUGGCUGCUGCAGAGAGGGCUCGUAAGCAGGCCGAGACGGAGCGAGACGAGAUGUCUGAGGAGCUGGCGAAUUCUUCUGGAAAGUCUAUGAUGUCUGAUGAGAAGCGUCGUCUGGAGGCUAAGAUCUCCCAGUUGGAGGAGGAGCUGGAGGAGGAGCAAGCCAACAUGGAGACACUCAACGACCGCCUCCGCAAGACCCAGCAGCAGGUGGACCAGCUGAGCGUUGAGCUGCAGGCGGAGCGGAGCACCUCCCAGACCAGAGAGGGCGCCCGGCAGCAGCUGGAGAGACAGAACAAGGACCUAAAGGCCAAGCUACAGGAGAUAGAGGGACAGGGCAGGUCAAAGUUCAAAUCCUCAAUCGCAGCCAUGGAGGUCAAAAUAAACCAGCUGGAGGAACAGCUGGAGCUGGAAAGCAGAGAGAAACAAGCCAACGCUAAAGGCAUUCGUCAGAAAGAGAAGAAACUGAAGGAUCUCACCAUUCAGAUGGAGGAUGAGAGGAAACAGGUUGAGCAGUACAAGGACCAGGCGGAGAAGGCUAACGUGCGGGUAAAGCAGCUGAAGCGUCAGCUGGAGGAGGCGGAGGAGGAGUCUCAACGUGUUGCCGCCGGACGCAGGAAGCUACAGAGGGAACUGGAUGAAGCCACUGAAGCCAAUGACGCCCUCAGUAGGGAGGUGUCUGCCCUCAGAAACAAACUCAGGCGAGGAGGGGGAAGUGAGUCAUCUUUCAGCACCAGUCCUCGCCGUGUCAGGGGCGUUGGGAACGUCAGCAUCACUGGGGCUGGGAGCCGCAGGAGCGGAGCUGGGAGUAAUCUAGGGAACGGGGAUAAUUCAGAAAACACCUAUGACGUUCCGGAGGAGGAGGAGCCAAUGUUCUCGUCCACCCCACCUCCGGAGGACAUCAACGGAACCUUGCCGGACGAGUAGGGGGGGGGGGGGUCACUGCUGUCCUUCUACAUACUCUGCCCAUCCCUCCAUCACUUCUCUCUGCCCCACACAAAAUGCCUUUCCUGUUUAAAACGCUGUUCUACCCAUCUUUUCUAUCAUCCACCCAUCCAUCCUUCUGUCUCCCUCCCCAUUAUUAGCACUACAGAAUCUAUGCAUCACCUGCGUGAGGUAAAUAGUUAUGAAUGUUAUCAAUGUGCCACGUGGCCUCUUUUCAAACAGAAUGUAUUUCUUAAUUUGAUGAAACUAUGUCUACAGCAUCUUCUGGAUACUGUGCACACUCAGCGGUUAGUUUAUUGUCUGCGUUGAGUGUCUCUGAAUAAUAGUGUCUCUGAAUAGGAGUGUCUCUGAAUAGGAGUGUCUCUGGAUAAGAGUGUCUCUGAAUAAGUGUCCCUGGAUAAGAGUUUCUGCUAGAUUAUUUAAGAUGCAAUAAACUGGUCACUGAGGGUAUAUACUGAGUGUAUAUUCCUGGAAUAUUCCUUUUAUUUUGGAGGUUAUAUCUUUCAAUCCUUAAGAUUUUUCCCCCUCUAUAUAGAAUUAAUAAUUUAACUUCCUUGUCUUUUUCAAGAUGUUCUCUAUUUUAGAGUUACCUAAUUAAUCUGGCAAUGUAAUGAGAAUUUGGGACACUGCAGUAAACAGCUAACCCAAUGUACAAUGCUUUAAGAUUUAUUAAUUCAUAGUACAUAUCUUUCCAAAACCAAAACACUACUACCACCACUACUACUACCACUAGUACUACUACCACUACUACUCCCACUAG